UAAGUGUUUUCAAAAUUGGCGCUUGUAUUUUCCGAGAAGUUCGGUGGGUAAAACAGUUUCCGCAAAGUUUGUGAUGUAAACUGUGGAUGUAAAUACGUUUGAAUCUGAAAAAUUCAAAUUAUUUACCAUUCCGGGACAAGUUUUGAGGUUGUGCCCCUUAGAAUGCCUUCGUCGGUGCGCCCGAAGGGCUCCGGUGGCGGUUCGCGGGCCCCACCGGUCACCCCAAUGUCCGAGCGCCAGCAAAUGGCCCUUUUAAUGCAAAUGACAUCGUCAGCGAACGACGUCGGUUCCCGCAGCCCCAGCAGCUCGAACUCGUCUCGUUCCCGCGACCGGAACGAAAGAGGUGAAACACCGUUGCAUUUAGCUGCAAUUAAAGGCGAUGUUGAACAAGUUUGUAAAUUAUUGGCACACCGGGCUGAUCCUAACGCUCCUGAUUUCGCUGGUUGGACGCCCCUGCACGAGGCCUGCAACCACGGCUGGUACGAGGUGGCCUAUCGUUUGGUGCAAGCGGGGGCCAAUGUGAACGCCAAGGGGCACGAAAACGACACGCCCCUGCACGACGCCGCGAUGAACGGGCACAUCAAGCUGGUCAAGCUUUUGGUGGAGCGGGGGGCGGACAUUCAUGCGAAAAAUUCAAAGGGUAAGACGCCGCUGGACGUCGCGACGCCCGCCGUCACGCCCUAUUUGCACAACCCGAGUUUACCCCUCCCAGAAUCGACUGCAUCGACUCGAGUACAACCGCGUGUAAGGGAUGACAAAAAAGUCACUUCUGAGACGACCAAAACCAAACAAGACGAAACAAUGGACACAACCAAAACAACGGAAGAUGUGUACGAAUUUAAAUCCGUAAAAGAAUCCGAACAAACUCAGGAGCAAAAAACCGACGCUCAGGAGAGUACGAGCGAACAGAGUGAACCUACAAGUACUCCAGCAACGCAAACGGAAGAAAACUCGAAGAGAAAUUUCUCAGAAAUCGCCGAUUCGAACGACGAAGUGAACGACGACGAAAGCAGGAGGAAAAAACGCAAAGAAGAGGGGAAUAAAGACGGGAAAACGCCCACGCAGAGAAAUACGAAUCAGGCUAAAGGCCAAAGUGGGAAACAGGGCGUUGCGGCCCAAGGGAAGCAAACACAAGCCGCAGCAGCUGGAAAAACCGGCGAAAAGAAAAGUCCUUGUUCAAGCCCCAAGCCCGCAAGUACUAGUGACGCAGAAGUAGAAGAUGGUAAAUCGGAUUUAAAAGUCCCACCGUUAAAAAUAGUAAUCCCUCAAAGCGGAAGCAGCGAACAGGAGACCGGCACAAGCCGUAACGGUAAAAACAGCUCCCAGCGCGCCCAUCCGUUGCCGUACGUCGUCGCAAGUUCGAACAGCAGCGACUCGACCGACAAAGAAAUGCCGCCUGGAAACGCCAGUCCGGAGUCCUCCGGUUCAAAAGAAGAGAAAAAGGACUCAAAUCCGGGCCAGUCCGACGAACAGAGGGGCUCCAGCCACCAGCGAGUGUUGCGGAGCUCGCACAGGUCGGGCCCGACGCAGGGCGCCACCGACAGAGGCAGCAAUAAUUCGUCGCCGCAGCUGCAGAGGUCGCAUUCACCGUCGCCGUCGGCCUCGCCGGCGACGCCGUCCACGCAGAGUGAGGUGACGACGGCGUCGGGGACGGCCAGCACGCAGUCGAAGGCGGCCGAUGCACAAGCGACGACCAGCAACGAGACGGAGACGACGGCUGCGACCACGACGUCGACGAGCACGACGACGACGGCGCCGGUUGAGUUGCAUCCAAGGAAGAGGAAGAUGAAGCCGAGUAAGGACGUGCCAGUGGCGGCGCCCGAGACGCAGGAGACGCCCGCCGAGGCGCAGAUACAUCCGCAUGAUCAGCCCAUAACUAACUGUUAUCAGCUGUUUUUGAAUAUCAGGAAACAGAUUGACAAGAGAAGAAGAGGUCUGUUCCCCGUUCAGCCCAAACCACCGCAAGGUUUCAAAGACUAUUUAAUGAAUCGUUGUACGUAUGUCUUAGCUAGUACCGCCCCCACAACCCCCAAUAUUUCUUACCCUCCCACUCUCCCGCCCCAGAUGAAAGAUUUGUUUACCGAACAAGAAAAGGAGAGAUACAGACUGAGGAUGCAGCACGUAAUCGAAAAAGAAAAAUUAGUCUUAUCGGUCGAGCAAGAAAUUUUACGAGUGCACGGCCGAGCGGCUCGUGCGCUCGCUAAUCAGUCGCUUCCUUUUUCCGUUUGUACGAUUUUACGAGACGAGGAGGUUUACAAUUUGAUAACUCCGGAACAGGAGGAAAAGGAUCGAAACGCCCGCUCGAGAUACAACGGGAGGUUGUUUUUGAGCUGGUUGCAAGACGUUGACGACAAGUGGGAGAAAAUCAAAGAACACAUGUUGUUGCGGCACCACAACGAGGCGGAAUCGUUGCACGCCGUUCAAAAAAUGGACUGGGAGUGGAAAAUGAAAGAACUGAGUUUGUGUGAUAAGAAGUCAACUCCGUCAAUUGACGAACACCAUGUGCCUAUGGUGCACGUCAGUGACGACUUCGAUCUCCUACCUGCGUAAAAUGUGAUUGAACCUAGUUUUAAGGACUAAACGUGAACGCGAUGAAUAGUAGAGUAAAAAAUUUAAUAAAAAAUAUUCUUAGCAUAUACAAAUAUACAAAAAUAAAUAGUUAACAAUC